GCUGAGGUGCAUUGCACAUGGGCUAGUCAGAGUUGGAGGAGGGAUAUGAUGCUGUCCAAAGGACAUGCGUUAGCGUGUGCAUUGGUCUUGCAGCUCAAUCAUUAGAUUUAGAAACGGAGGGAGUACUAAUCAGCUAAGCUGGAUCAGAUCAUCUGAACUUCAUCCCUAGCCACCUCCCGUGAAGCACAGGGACGAUCGACAUGGCGUCUCCUCGCGGCUCCGAUGGAGCAUCGAAGGGCGAAGACCUUCAGCUCUCCAGCUCCAGCUCAAGCUCAAAGACCAGCAUAGACAGUACUAUGGGUAGCAAGUUACAAAAGGCAAAAAGACUGUCGAUCGAAUAUUUAGAAGCAAUCACUGACAAUUUCUCUCGGGAGCGACAAAUUGGUCGAGGCGGAUAUGGAACAGUCUACAAGGGGGUGCGUGCCAACGGAAAAAAUGUUACUGUGAAGGUGCUCCAUCAAAGCACGACAGGAAUUGACAACGGGCAAUUCAAACAUGAGUUUGAAAACCUAAUGAGGCUCAAGCAUCAGAACAUUGUCCAGUUAGUUGGCUACUGCUAUGAAACACAACAUAAGCCGAUGCGACACGAGGGAGAAACCAUUUUUGCUGACGAUAUAUACAAGGCACUCUGCUUAGAGUAUAUGCAAAAUGGGAGCCUUUCGAAGCACAUUUCUGUGGAAUGUGAUGGACUUGAAUGGCACACACGCUACAAAAUUAUCAAGGGAACUUGCGAAGGAUUGAAAUACCUCCACGAAGAAUUCAAAGAACCUAUUUACCAUUUGGACCUAAAACCUGACAACAUACUGCUACAUGAGAAUAUGGUACCAAAACUAGCUGAUUUUGGUUCAUCGAAGCUCUUUGGCAAAGAACUAACCAUGGUGAUCACACAUAAUUUUGCAGCAACAAUCGGGUACAUGCCGCCGGAAUUCAUAUCUCAUCAGGUCGUCUCGAAGAAGUUUGAUAUAUUCAGCUUGGGAGUUGUCAUGACAAAGAUAAUUGCAGGGCCUAGAGGAAACUCCUUAAGUUUCGAGAUGGAUUACCAGGACUUUCUUGAUCAAGUACAAAAAAACUGGAGGAAAAGGCUGCAGGACACAUGGUAUAAUUCGGAACCAGUACAAGCAUAUUGCCGACAAGUGAACAUAUGCAUAGAAAUAGCACUGAGCUGCAUGGAUGCUGAUAGGAACAACCGACCCAGUAUAUUGGAUAUCAUUGAUAAACUCAACAGGAUUGAAACUGUAAUCGAGCAGUUGCACCAAGAUCACCAGUGGACAAGCCGGCGCAUUACUAUGGGUGAUGGUAAGUUAAAGAAUGAAGCUACUCCUUUGAAAGAAAAGAAGAGUGAAAAGGCUACGGAGCCAACAAGUCUUACAAUCCGAGAACUAAAAGAUAUCACAAAUAAUUUUGACCGGGAGCGACUAAUUGGUAAAGGCGCAUAUGGACAAGUUUACAUGGGGAAGCAUGAAAACGGAGAAGAAAUUGCCGUGAAGUUGCUUAAUAAUAACAUGCAACUAGUUGACGAUGAGCAAUUUCAACAUGAACUUUGUAGCCUUAUGAUGCUCAACCAUCCAAAUAUUGUGCGGCUUGUUGGCUACUGUUAUGAAACAGAACAUCUGCAUCUGGAUUUCCAAGGUAGAACAGUUUUUGCUGAAAAGAUAUAUAGAGCGCUCUGCCUCGAGUAUAUGCACAUGGGCAGCCUUCAGAGACAUCUUUCCGGCGAAUCUAGUGGACUUGACUGGCCAACUCGUUACAAAAUUAUCAAGGGGACAUGUGAGGGGUUGAAAUACCUACACGAAGGAUUAGAUAAACCACUUUACCAUUUGGACCUAAAACCCGAGAAUAUACUACUAGAUAAGAAUAUGAUGCCGAAGCUUGCUGAUUUUGGUUUGACCAAGCUCUUUGGCGAAGAACAAACCAGGGUCGUGCGUCGUCUUGCAGGAACAAUUGGGUACAUGCCACCGGAAUACAUAUCUCAUCAGGUCGUCUCGGAGAAGUUUGACAUAUUCAGCUUGGGUGUUGUAAUGACAAAGAUAAUUGCAGGGCCUAGGGGCCAAACCAGAAGUGUCGAAAUGCCUGAAGAAGCCUUUGUUGAUCAAGUACAUGAAAACUGGAGGAACAGGCUGGAAGCAACCUGUACUUCUGCAGAGACACUAGAUGCAUACUGCGAGCAAGUCAGGAUAUGCACCAAAAUAGGGCUGAGGUGCACGGAGACUGGCAGGCACAAAAGACCCAACAUAGUGGAGAUUAUCGAUAGGAUGGAUAAGACUGAAAGUAAGGUUGAAAAGGCGCUGUUCUCAUUGUCCGAUAGUAUGCAUUCAUGGCUGCGGGGAGACUUGCUGAAGUUAGAAGCCUUCACAAAAAGCCAAGAGAUUCCUAGUGCAGAGACGUGUAACGAGUUUCCCGUCCUCCUGCGGAUCACGGGGACACCAUGGUGUGGCUUGGAAGAGAUGCCACGCGCAGGUGUAGACGUCGUGGUUGUGGUCGAGGUUGAUUGGUUCAUGGUGCUUCAGUGGAGGUUGGAUAUCAUCAAGCAGGCCCUGACGGUGGUCAUUGACAAGCUCGGCCCGACGGACCGGCUAUCUAUCUUGUCAUUCGAGGGUGAUGUGCCCCGCACUAUGAAGCUGACCUUCAUGUCUGACCAAGGCCGGGAUGCUGCCAAGCUCGUGGUCAAUCAGCUAGCUGCGAACCAUGGCUACAACAUAAUCGCGGCUCUGCGAGCCGGAGCUGAGAUUCUGAGGGGGCGUCAAGUGGAGAAGAAGGAUGGUAGCCGUGUGGGCUGCAUCAUGUUCUUAUCGGACAAUAAUGACAUUCGGAUCAAGGACAGGUAUGACGAGGAAAUCAGCUCGGAAUUCCCAGCGUACGUCUUCGGCCUCGGCGAGCUACACCACCCGGAGGUCAUGAAGUACAUAGCCGACAGGACCCGCGGCACCUACUCUUUCGUCCACUACGACAUCAACGCAUUGAAGGAUGCCUUCGCGCUUUUAAUCAGCGGCCUCACCAAAAUCGCCGCAACGUCCAUCAAAAUCAGCCUCAGUGCUCACGAGGGUGUCUCCAUAUCAUCCACCUACUCCGGCGGUUACAACAACAGCGUGAGCUCUGACGAACUGUCCGGUGAGAUAGACGUCGACAACAUGUAUGCCGGUGAGCGGAAGAACUUCGUCGUCUACCUGACAGUUGCCGAGGGCAGCGACAACAAGCUCAUGACCGUCGGUGGCCGAUACCGGAGCUUCAUUGCAGACAGAGAGCUGACCGACACGGGCGUGCUUGUCCUGCGACCAUCUUCAGCAAGCUUGCUAGGAAACACGGCCAUCCACCAAGAGGUGGCGGCCGAGCUCAUCCGGAUACAGCUUCUCAAGGGUCUGAUCACGAUGGGUCGAAACCCUGAUUCCCUUGAACAGCUAUGGGCCCGUGUCAAGUGCUCAGAGGAGGGUGUCAGCGCACCCGAGGAAACCUUGUUGGAGCUUGGCAACGACGUGGCUGAAAUUACAAGGGUCAUCACGUACAACAGCUCGCCUCCUUACAUGCUGUCAUGGCUGACUUGUCACCUGUGGCAGCGCGCAACCACCAAGGGCGCACGCUGCGUCUCUGGGGCUUUCACUAUCCCAGGGCAGCAUGAAGAUGCAAAGGAGCAAGACGAUCCAGCAUAAUACUGAACCGUUCUACACAUGUUGGAAAUAAGUCUGAACUUUUGUCAAUUCCUAUACGUGAAUUCGUGUUAGUUUCCAUGUGGUGUUUGGCUUGCACGCCAUGCUGAACUUGCUCAAGCAUCGAUUACAUCAGACUAAUGGCACGGUCGAAAAGCUUUGUGAAAGGUCGUCAUAUUGUGCCUGUGGAGCUGUCUAACAAUCAGUCACACCCAAAAUUGUUUUACUAGUUCUCAGUCACUUCUGUUCUAGCCACUGGAUUUGCAU